CAGCUUCAGUUUAGUUUGGUUACUGUAGUUAAACGGAGGAAAAACCCACCGGGAAAGACCCUGAAGAACUAUUAAGUAUCUCUAACACAUCAGCAAUCGUGUUUGCCACGAAUGGCUUGGCGACAAUUCAAAGCCCACAUUACAGUACUGGUGAUGGCGUCUGUCGCACUCCGACAUCUUACCAGCCAGCAGUGUGGGACUGAUCUUCACUCAGUCUACCAAAUGAUGCUUCAAGGCCACACCUUUAAGACCUUGAAGACCCAACCAGGUACAACAGAAUGCAGACAGGCGUGCCGCGCUGAUAUCAGAUGCCAAAGCUUUAACGUCGUGUUCAAAGGGAUAUGUGAAUUAAAUAACAGAACUAAGGAGGCUAGACCGGACGAUUUUGUCAAAGACUUGGAAAGAUAUUACGUGAAAAGCUCAACAAGAGUCCCUUUAGGUUCCGUUCCUGGGCUGCCAGCCGAUUCGUGUAAAGAAAUCAAGGCGAGUGAGGGUGGACAAGCGGUCAGCGGUAAUUACUGGUUGGAUUCCCCCAGAACUGGAAAUUCUAUUUUAGCUCGCUGUGACAUGAAAACAGAGGUUGCAGACUAUUGCAUCAAGCAUAAGUGUCAGAACAGUGCAGCAUGUGUAAACAGGCAUGUGAAUUACACGUGUGCGUGCACCUCAUCAGGAUGGACUUUACCCUACUGUGAAAAAGAUAUCGACGAAUGUACGGAAGGAUCUCACGGUUGCCAUCGUGACGCCACUUGUCAGAAUACUGCAGGUUCGUAUAGGUGUACCUGCAACUCACAAUACAUUGGGGACGGACUGAAUUGCGAGCCUAAAGAAUGUAGCAACUACAAGACUUUAACUUCUGCUCGAAGAUUGAAAGGUUCUACGUCAACAAAACCACAUGUAUGCGACAAUUCACUGACUUGGGGCUGGUAUCGUAUUACUGGAGCCGCAGGUAGAAAAAUGCCCACUGCAUGUGUGCCUUUUAAAAGAUGUGGCGGCCAGAGACCAGGCUGGCUCAGUGGUGGUCAUCCCAACAAAGCUGAUGGCAGAGUGUCCAGGAAGGUCUGGUUUCGCUCGAGUGACAAUUGUUACAGAGUAUCGACGACUAUCACAGUUAGAAACUGCGGUUCGUUCUAUGUUUACUACUUAAAGGGUUUUUCACAUGGCUCAAACUGCCAUCGUUACUGUAGCUCUUACUAA